AUGGAUCUUCGGGGACCUCGGCAGGCGCUGGAUUUGGACAUUUUCGGGCCCCCUGGGGCCAAACUAUAUCCAUAUCCACCGCCCGUCCGAAGUACGUCGGUUCCACAGAAGGCGGAUGUGGACACAUCCCCGCCUCGCAACAUCGACGUCAUCAGGGAGGACCUGCAGGUUCUGAAAACCGGAGGGCACUUCACCGUCGCCUUCGACAGCCUCAUUGGCAGUGGCGAGUGGUGGAAGGCCAGCCUGUUCCAGUGGAUGCCCAGGGAGGGAUCCCCUUGGAGCGACCGCUGCAAGCUGGUCCCGCGGCUAUGCGACCUGUUCCGCCCCUACUUCCCGCAGAGGCGGGCGCUGCCCCGGCUCAUUGGCAACCAGGAGGAGAUCGUCUUCUUCUCGGGCACCCGAACUCCACCGUCCUGCCGCACAACGGCGGGCAGAACGGGCGCAUGCAGUGGAGGCCCAUGCCAAGAAACACCCUGCAUGCCUUCAGGGUGCCCUGGGUUUCUUGGUGUUCGAUGGUCUUGCUGUGGAGAGCGUGACGUCCCCACACGAAACAGCGAUGGGCGUCCCCGGUUUUCAGGGUUGGGUUUCCUGUGGAGGGUUUCUUGUGGUCGGGCCCCUGCUGUCAUAAACGUCCACAUCGGUGUGGAGGGGUUCGAGGGGUCCAGCAUCAACGUCUUCACGGACGUAGGCGAGACAGUGGUGCUGAACUGGAGCGAUUCGAAGGCCUUCGCGUUCAACGACGGGUGGGUGCACGAGGUGGUCAACGGCCCAGGUCACAGGUACGUCUUAGCUCUGGGCUGGAUGCAUCCCGACAUUGACCUGCACCACUUCGCCGAGGCUUUCAACCAGAAGACCGUGGUCAGAAGAUGGCCCCCAAAGCGGAUGAGCCAAUUUCAGGCGGCAUACCGGCGGAAGCACGGCAGGGACUGGGAGAAG